AUAAUUGUUUCCAACACAGUACAACUCCCAUCUCCAUUUCCCCAAUGGCAAAUGUUGGGUUAAAAGGAUGCUAACUUUUAAUUCUUUCUUCUUUUUUCCUAUUACCAUUAUUCUCUUUCUAUCUUCUUCUUCUUAUUCUUCUUCAAUCCUCUCUCUAUUGUUCUUAGAACAAAGAUUCAAUGCUGCCUGCCUAGCUCUGGAUGAGAGAGAGAGAGAAAGGGCAGUGUUGAGUGAAAAAGAUAAGGUGAAUUUUAUCCAAUUUCUGGGUCUGACCCACUUCUUCUUUUCUUCUGAUCCUCUUAUUCUUCUAUGCUCUAAAGUUCCCAGAAAAUUUUUGCCUUGCAUUUACUCUGGAGCCUCUCAUCUCUGCUGACUUUCUUUGUAAAAGUGGCACCCAUCAGAUUCAAUAGUCAAUGUCGUUUCGUAGUAUAGUUCGGGAUGUUCGGGAUAGCUUCGGGAGCUUAUCGAGACGCAGCUUCGACGUGAGGCUGUCCGGUCACCAAAGGGGCAGAUCCCACGGUUCAUUUCACGAAUUGAGUGACCACCCGUCUAUAAUUCAGACCAGUUGUUGGGCUAAUCUCCCGACCGAGCUCCUUUUCGACGUAAUCCGAAGGUUAGAGGAGAGCGAGAGCGCAUGGCCCGCUCGCAAGCACGUCGUUGCGUGUGCUGCAGUUUGCCGGUCGUGGAGGAGUAUGUGCAAAGAGAUCGUCAGAGGUCCGGAAAUUUGCGGGAAAAUCACUUUUCCGGUUUCCCUAAAGCAGCCCGGGCCUCGUGAUGGAACUAUCCAAUGCUUCAUCAAGCGGGACAAGUCUAACUUAACCUACCAUCUUUUCUUGUGUCUUAGCCCAACUUUGCUAGUUGAAAACGGGAAGUUCCUUCUCUCCGCAAAGAGAACGAGGCGAACUACUAGCACCGAGUAUGUUAUCUCGAUGGAUGCUGAGAACAUCUCGAGAUCCAACAACACGUACAUUGGAAAAUUGAGAUCGAAUUUUCUGGGGACGAAGUUCUUGAUAUACGACACGCAGCCCCCGUGUACUGGGGCGCCCGUCGGGGCACCCGGAAGGACGAGCCGGAGAUUCUCUUCCAAGAAAGUAUCUCCCAAAGUUCCGACGGGGAGCUACAACAUAGCUCAGGUAACAUACGAGCUAAACGUGCUGGGAACCCGAGGGCCUCGAAGGAUGCACUGCAUCAUGCAGUGUAUUCCCGCCUCGGCCCUCGAUGCUGAUGGCAUAGUGCCCGGCCAGCCCGAGGUUCUCCCGAGGCCCCUCGAGGACUCGUUCCGAAGCAUCUCGUUCUCGAAGGCCCUCGACCACUCCACCGAGUUCAGCAGUGCAAGAUUCUCCGAUAUCGGUGUAUCGGGCGAUGACGGGAAGGCCCCGCCCUUAGUUCUGAAGAACAAGGCGCCCCGGUGGCACGAGCAAUUGCAGUGCUGGUGCCUCAACUUUCGAGGGCGGGUCACGGUUGCGUCUGUCAAGAACUUCCAGCUGAUCGCUGCCGCUCCGCCACCGCCACCGCCACUGCCGCUGCCGCCUGCUGGUGGACCGACGACGACCUCCCAACCGCCAAGCCAGCCGGAUCACGACAAGAUCAUCCUGCAAUUCGGGAAGGUUGGGAAAGAUAUGUUCACCAUGGAUUAUCGCUAUCCCCUCUCUGCAUUUCAGGCUUUUGCCAUCUGCUUAAGCAGCUUUGACACCAAAUUGGCUUGUGAAUAAGGAAAGAAUAUUCUUCCAUCAUUUUGGCUGUCAUUUCCUCCAUUAGAGAUUUCAAUAUUGUAAAACAGAUUAAACUGAUUUGCCUUGUCUGCUUACCUUUCUAGUUUUAACAUAAUCUAAGCCGCCUAUUCUUAACUGUCACAA